CAAUUAAAUUCAUUUCAAUUCAAAAUGGUUUAUUUCAAAGAAGACUUUCAUCGCGGCGUUAAGCCGAAUUACAAAAGUUUACAAACAAAAUUAAUAACACAUAAUGUAAUAUAUAACGUACAUGUAGCUUCACCAUUAGGAGACAAUUCAUCAGAUGUUGGAUUGUCAGAUCAAAGGUUGUAAAGAUCACUCAACAUGUAUUUAUAUGCACACAUACUGUAUAUAGUCUUUUAAUUCUCAUUGUGAUAUUUAAAGAUUGCUCCAUGCCCUGAUCUUAAUUGAAUUUAGGCAGAGACAUACUAGAGAUGCAGUCAUAUUUGUCUUGUUUUUUCUUCAAAAUAAGAUGUGUAAAUGUGAGGGAAACUCUGCAUUGCUGAAAUGUCCGAGGAAAAUUAUUUCAUUGAUAUUCAUCUACAAGUACAAACACCUGUAUACAAAAAUUACUCAGAUUUUAAAUGCCCUUAAAAUUGAAUGAAGUCAUAUGAAUUCAGACAAACAUGUAGGACUGUCUCAGGCCUUUACAAUCCUUAAAGUGUAAUCAUGUGAAUAUGGAUUAUCUAUGUAUUUUUAGGAGGGCCAUCAAGACUGACAGAAUCACAGACCAAACCACUUUCUCCUGAACUGGUUGAGCGGUGUGCAGAUGAAAUCAAGUCCAAGUACAGGUCAACUGUCUGUAAGAUCAGAGCUGAUCCUCUCAAUCUAGCUUCCAUUGUGCAGUUAAAAGACAUGUAUACUAAUCUCUUCUUACAAAAAGAGCAUGGGACAGAGAAGCAAAUGCUAGAUUACAAUGAUAUCCUUAAUCUCAAAGUCAAUGGAGAGUUCCCCAAGCGGAUCAUGGUUCAGGGAGAGGCGGGGGCUGGAAAAACAACAUUUUGUGCUAAGAUUGCCUGGGACUGGAUUGAAGGAGAGUAUUUCAAACAAUUUGUGUGGGUCUUGAUUGUUCCUCUCCGUGAAUUUAAGAAACACACUAUUGGCGAGAUUGCAAAGUCUUAUCUGGCCAAAAACAAUACAGCAACGGUUUCUCAGAUGACUGAGUAUAUCCAGUCAAAUCCUGACAAGGUAUUCAUCGCAUUCGAUGGGCUAGACGAAGCCAGUGGUCUAAUCAUGAAGACAAAAUCUUGCGAAUCACAACCAAGUGUCACCUCCUCAGAGGCAUGCGGAAGCUCAUCUGAGACUGGUGAUAUUGGACUUGUAGAUAUUCUUUGUUCAGAUCGAAUUGUCUCUUGCCCAGUCUUGGUGACUACUCGCCCAUGGAGAGCAGUGGAGAUUAGAUCAGAUGGUGAUCUAAUGGAGCUCUACACAUUCAUUCAUGUUGAGGGUUUCAACAGAGAGAAUUUGUCAGUUUACAUUCACAAAUACUUUCCAAAGAAUGAUGAUAAAGCAAAUCAGCUUAUCCAAUUCUUCAGUGAUAAUGAUGUCAUAUAUGAAAACAUGGCCCCCUAUCCUAUAUAUGUAGCCAUGUUGUGUCUUAUGUGGAAAAAACGUGACGAGCAAAAAAUAAAGAAAAUGAAAUCACUGAAAACUUUUUCUCAGAUAUUCAAAGAAAUGAUUGCCUUUCUAAAAGAACAUUAUGCUCAGAAAGAGGUGAAGAAAGUAGGCAGCCGCUCACUUACUGACCAUUUAAAAAAAAUUGAUGAGCUCCUUGGACCGAUUGCCAAACAAGCCUUCAAUGGUCUGCUAGAAAAUACCUUGUCUUUCGGUGAAGAUGAUUUCCAAACGUGCGAAGAAAUAGAAUCCAAGGACACUGCCUGCCUUGUCGGGAUUUUGUCUCAGGAGGACAGAAUUAAUGCUGACAUGGAUACACAUGAGAUGAAUUCUCAUGUGCAAUUGUCGGUCUUCUUCCCUCACAAACUGUUUCAGGAGUACAUGGCUGGAUUCCAUCUUGCUUCCCUGUAUAAAUCAGAUCGUAAUGAAUUCAACAGGCUGAUUGAGCAAGUAGUGCUGCCAGGGAAGGAGGAGUUUAGGUAUCUCCUGUACUUCACUGUGUCACAGAACACACACAUUGCAACCUAUGUACUGAACUCUAUGCUGAAUUGUUUGAACAUCACUAGAGAUUUACAUUUCAUUGUUGAUGUAGCCUUUGAGAGUCAGGACCCAGGUGUAGCAGCCUUGAUGAAGGACAGGGUUUCAUCAUCAGAGGAGAGUAUGCUGACCAUAGAUAGAUACAUGACAGCACACACUGUAGCUGGUUAUGCAUUCAUUGGACCACAUGUGGGUAAACUCGAGAUUAGGAAAGAUUGUGGACCUACUACGUCACUUGAUGUGGCAGAGAUGAUAUGCUCCAUGCCAUCCUUGAAGAAUGUUUAUCUUAAAAAAGCAUUCCAUCAUUGUUUUUUUGCAACACUUGCAAAGAAAGGAAAAGAAUCAAAGGUGAGCAGUUCAUCCACAAUUGUGAUGUUCAUGUAUGUGCGAUUGUCUAAUUUAAUUUAAUUCCAUUACCAUCUCUUCCCUUUCUUAAUAUACAUUUUACAUAUUGAUGGCCUUUUCACUUAGGCGGGAGCACCCUGUAAAACAGUUGAAUGCUUAUACAACCAGUUGAACGCUUUUACAACUUGAAUGCUCUAAAAGAAACUCAUAUGUAGGAAGAUCACAACAUACUGAAAGGAGAAGUCCACCCUGUUUUAAAUUGGUGUUAAUGAAAGCAGAAAAAUAAGAGAAACAAAUUAGUGACAGUUUGAGCAA